UAUACCUUAUCAACCUCAUUUCUCAUGCUUGUGGGAAUUCCAUCACCUAUUUUUCUCCAAUUCCACCCUACAAAUAUUACAAAUUUCACCCACACUUUUUUUUUGGAGAAAAAAAUAAAUAAAAAUAAAGUCAGAUUAAUCGUUGCUGCCAAGAUGAAGAUCUUGAGUUGGAUGCGAAGCAAGCGCAAUGGCAACGGAGGCAGCAACAACAAACCCAAUCCACAAUCAAAAUCAUAUGAGAAGACGCUGAUGCAUGAAUCCUGCAACCAAGAGUUCUCCGAUUGGCCCAACGCUCUGCUGGCCAUCGGCACAUUUGGAAACAAACAUUCCGCCGACUUGGAACAAGUAGUUGAGAAGGAAAAUCUUUCGGUAGAGCAAAUCUUAAACUGCCUGCGCGACGGCGACGGCCGCCGUCUGGAGAGCCAGGGCAGCAUGGUGGAGAGAGCCGGAAAAGAUAUUCAGUCAGAUAAGCGAAACAGAGGCAUCGGAAAAACGUCCUUGUCUUUCCUGCUCAAGAAGGCGCUUCUCUGCGGCGGUGCCGGAUUCGUCGCCGCGCCUCCGAUCAUUAGAGAUCCGCUUCCAGAUCCUAAAUUGGAUCACUCCACAAUGGAGAAGAUAUUGAGGGCUAUGCUGCACAAGAAGAUAUACCCUCAAAGGCCAACUCCCAAGAAAUGCUUGGAUAUGGGAGAGGAGCAAGAGUGUGAAAAGGGCACUCAUCAAAGCAAAUGGGACAAAACAGACUCUGAAUGUAAGUUGAACCAACACUUUCAUAUUUCUCAUCUACUUUACUACUCAUCACUGGUUUCAUGUUUUUGCAGAUAUUGUGCUAGAGAUAUAGUCUCCUAAAUCGACCCAUCUACGAUCACAUUCAUUCUUAACACGACUGGAAUUUCAGCAUGUUUUUGCCAUGGCUUGCCGUGCCGGCGUCGGCGCGGUAAAAUCUUGUUUUGCCAUGGUUGCCACAUCCACUUCACAUGUUAUUCUUCAAGCUUCUUGUUGAGAUAUUAAAUUGUUUGUGGAUCAAAGGGCACAUACAUAUGAGUUUUGCCCAUUGUCUUGCUUCAGAAUAUUGUGACGUGUAUAAGUAUAAAAUACUAGUAUUCAAGUGAAUAUUUCACAUCUA